AUGAAUGACCUAAACAGAAAACUGCAGAGACUAAAGGUUCUAAAAGAAGACACUAAGUCCAGAAUGAGCGCAAAGCUGCAGCAUCCAAGAAAGAAACUAAAGGAAAAAGUUCAGUUGUGGUUGAAAGAUGUUGACAGAAUAAAUGAGGAAAUACAAGACCUUCAACAAAAUUAUUUCAAGAAGAUAGGAGAAGUUGAUGAACUUCUUCAACAGGGUAAGUGUCAAGAUAGCCUGGUUGUUGAAGACCUUGGGUGGAUUGAACAAGCGCUAUGUACAACAACUUUCAUCGGUGAUGCCUCAAAGAUGUGCAUGGAAGAAAUUUGGGCAUAUUUGAUGGAUGAUGGUUUUUCAAAGAUUGGAGUUUGGGGAAUGGGAGGAUCGGGUAAAACAACUAUCAUGGAGCUCAUCAACAACCAACUUUUAAAAGAGAUUGAAAAGUUCGACACCGUGAUAUGGAUCACUAUAUCAGAGGAGUUGAACAUCUUUAAAUUACAAGACAGCACUGCAGAUGCUAUGCAAGUAGACCUUCCUAAAGAUGAAUAUGAAGCAAUCAGAGCAAGAAUCAUAUACCAGGGGCUGUCUCAAAAAGACAAGUAUGUGUUAAUCUUGGAUGAUCUAUGGGACAAACUUUCUCUUGAAGAAGUAGGCAUCCCCGAGCCUUCUAAUGGGAGUAAACUAGUGGUAACAACCCGGUCAUUAGAUGUGUGUUACUAUUUGGGUUGUCAAGUAGUUAGAAUGCCUACUCUUUCAAAAUCAGAUGCUUGGAGAUUGUUCUCAGAGAAAGUAGGUGAAAGAUCUAGAGUAGAGGAAGAACAAAGGAAAAAAUGA